CCAAUAACUGUACAUUUCUCUCUCUCCUCUCUCUGUUUCUCUCUCUUCUUCUUGCGGUUUUUGUUUGAAAGGAGAGAACGAAGAAGAAGACGACAUCUGCAGAUUUUGGUAAUAAUCUUUAAGAAAUGGGAAAGCUUUUGUGUGAUUCCACGGCGACAUUUCAAUCUCCUUCACCUACGGUUCCUUGGAGAGAAACUUCAACAGCCGCCGUGUCUCUCGACGAUGUGGAUCUUGUUGACCAAUCCGCGGCUGCUGCGGCGGUGGAAGCGGUUGAGAAGACAAUGGCCGCCGCAACUACCACCGCCUGGGAUGAGGUUUUUGGAUUGGAGGAGUCGCAAAGACGGCAUCUGAGCCGGCUUCACGCGAGAGGUGUGUUGUGGAAGCAUCCUGGGAAAGAUGAAUCCUCAGCCUCCGUCGUUUUCCGUCUCUCACACGGCGGAGAGGUUUCUUCCGACGGGAACUGUUUGUUUACCGCGUCCCAGAAGGCUAUGGAGGCGCGUGGGAUUGACGCGCGAGAUCUACGGCGGCGUACGGUGAGGAGGUUUUUGGAGGAUUUCAGAUCUGCUAGCGAGGAGGAGAAGGAGGUUAUUACGGAUGCGAUUAGGCAUAUGUAUUCGCCGGAUCUGAAGAGUGGUUGGGGGAUUCAUAUUGUCCAGGAAGAGAAGUUGUUGGCGAAAAAAGAUGAACGUGAGAGUCUAGAUUCCGCCAUUGAAGAGCUUAUACAGAUUGGGAUGCAGAGAGAAACUGCAGCAGAGUCAAUCUACAGAGAGAGGUGUCUUCCUGUGAACGAUGGACUUAGUUGGGCAAAGUACAUGUCGAUUUCAGGCUCAACAGAGGAUGAGUAUGAUAUUAUUACCUUGCAGUAUACGGAAGAUGGGUUGUUAUCUGUAGAAGAGAACCGAGAAGGACAUGCUGCUGCUUUUGGGGAUGAUAUAGCAAUUGAAUGUCUUGCCACAGAGUUCAAACGAGAAAUCUAUGUGGUGCAAGCGCAUGGAUCAGAUGGGAUGGUAGAGGAAGAGAACUGUGUGUUCUUCCUUCCUCAUAAACCAAGAAGUGAAGUUCUUGAAGUCCCAGUCUUUCUUUUCAUGAAAGGCACAGGUUGGUGUGGUGGCGGAGCAGACCAUUACGAGCCCUUGAUUGCGAAUCCAUCUCCGCUGAUAUCUCAUGAGAAAGUCGCCCUCGUUCUCUAAAUUUUGAGCUUCUUCAAAAUCACAGUUUUUGGUAGUUUUAUUGUUGUGUUGGUAGAGAGAAUCAAUCAUGUUAGGGAGAGAGAGAGAGAUGAAAUUUGUGCAGGUUAUUGGCCUGCGAGUUUAAGCUGUUUUUAUCAGUUGUUAGUUUGAGAAGAGGAUUUGAUUUUUUGUUCACUAUUGGGAGAUGAAAACGGGAAAUUCUCUUUGUCUUUUCAAGAGUUGCGGCUGUAAUGUAAGAGUGUAAACUCAUAAUUUUUGUUUUUGACUUCUUUGAAAUGAAAAAGUUCCCCAUAA